GUCAUUUGUCAUUUGUCUUUUGAUAAGAAUUUGUACCGAUGGUCAUAAAUUCCAAAAGGUUACAAAGUUGAUAUUUCAUCUUGAUAUAUUUUUUUAUAAAAUUAUUUAGUAUUUAAAUUCCACAUAAAACAAAAAAAUAAAAUCAAAAUGAUGGAUAUGGAUAAUAAUUAUUAUGAAAAAACAAUCAACUCAUAUGGAACAAUGAAAACAAAUAAAAAUUUUCAAAUACAAACAAGAAACAAAAAAGUUAAUCCAACUUUUCAACCACUGAUCCAGCGUGUAAUAAAUUUCAAAGCAUUCGCAGGAGUUAAGCACAAGAAAAUAAUUUUAAGUGAUUUUUCUUCGAGUAAAAAUAAUGACGAAGCUGAUCGGUUUAGUUUACUGAUACCUUAUGCUGAUCAAAUGUUGAACUGGAAAAUUUUAUUCGAUCAAUCGAACCCAGAACUGGGUCCGGAUUUUGAAUUUGAUGAUAAGACAUUUCUAACUGAUCCUGAUUUAGAAGAACUGGAAAAUAAUGUGCCGAGUCUUGUUAAUUGGGACCCACGUGAUCCUGAUUGUUUGAUUAAAGUGAUAGUGGAAUUUAUUGUCUACUAUCGCAAACAUCAGGUUGAAAAGUUGAAAAAUCAUGAACGUUUGUCACAUGAAUACGAGAUGUUGUUAAAAAAUACAGAAAUAUGUGAAGAAGACGUUGAAGUAAUUCUAAUACCCGACACAAUAGAUCCAAACGAAGCGCGUUUUUUCAUACGCAUCGCUCUGGACUUUUCACGAUUACCUCGUCGCAGUGGCAACGAAACAGACCGAGAUGCCAUUACGUUACAAGUGACGUUUUCUCAAUUAUACUGGUCUCGUAUUGUCCCUCUGCUGUACUUGUCAACCAGCUUAGAAGACGUGCUUGGAAAUUCAAAUACGCUUCAUUUGCCGCCUUUUCAACCAAUGAAACACCUGAUGACGUACGUUCAGGAAAUAAAGAAACUGAUUACUGAUAAAAUGAAUGCAGUAAUAGAAAAUUUUGAGAAGAAACGCGAGUUUAUUACUAUGGCUCUCGUAUUACAGGGCGCUAGUGUUAUAGAAUACGACGCUCUUGACUUUUCAUUCAUUACUCUCUUACUUAAUCACAAUGAUUUUCACUUUUUUUUACAUAUCCAUCUAUCAAAUAAGUUUCCUUCUGAACCACCAAACUACACAUUACAGUCUUGCUAUCAAACUAAUCACUCUGAUGAACUUCCUAAGCGUAAUGUUUAUAGUAUUCCUUAUAGUCCGCGUUGGAAACCCAUUAGAAUGAUUAGCGAAGCUUUUCAUUAUAUUUUGGAAACUGAAGUUGAGAAAUUUAAAAAAUUGUCAAGAAGUCGUCGAUAUUGAUUGAUGAUAAUUAUUAUUAUUUAUUAAUUAAUUAAUUAAUUAAUAAUUAUUAUUAUGCAUCUUAAAAGUAUUUAAUUCUUAUAUUAAUUUGUUUAUUUAAAUAAUUUAUGCGACAAGACUUUACGUUUAAAAAAAUUUGAGUUUACUUGAGCAUUUAUAUUUUUUUAAGAAAUUAUUUUAAUAAUUUUUCAGUUAUGAAAUAUUUUUUUUUUUUUUGGUUUAAAAAAAAUAAAUAGAAGUUUAAUUUUUAUGAAACCAAAAAUAGUUUAUAAUUUCAGUGCUUUUUACUAUUAUUUUUAUUUUGUUACAGGUUAGAUGUAAUAAGUAUUUCUUUUGUUAGUUUAGUGGAUUUGGAAGUUGAUAAUUUUUUUAAAGAUUGAAUAAAAAAAAUUUUAAUGGGAAAGGUAUUAAUUAUAAAUUCUUACUGCUGUCUACUAAAAUUUAUUCUACGGUUCUAUUGCCUAUGGAAAUAUUGAAUAUGUAAUUUAAUUGCGAAAAAAAUAAUUGCAGUUCUAUUGCCUAGAAAAAUAAUUCAUGAUGUUUGAUUGAUUGCUAUUUAAUUGUGAACCCAAUCAAAGAAAUUCCUAACUAAUGUAGACAAGCUUCUGAUUUAUUUGCUGAGAAAAUCUUGUACUUGUUGAGGAGAAAUGAUCAAUGUUAAAGACCGAUCACUUGAUAAAAAAAACGCAGCUGGUCUGAAAAAUAUCAGAACCUCGGUAGUCUUGACAAUAGCAACUGUAAAACUUGACAGAGUUUUCUAUCAGAAAUUAGUGAGCUGAUCAGGUGAUUCCCUAAGUCGACUAUGAGAUUCAACCCAGUGUCUUAUUAUGGACCGGGCGAGUUAUACUUUUGUCAAGACUACCGCGGUUCUCAUAUUUUACAGAUCAAUCGUCUUUUUUUUAUCAAGUGAUCGGUCUUUGUCAUCAUUUCUCCUCAAGUACAAGAUUUUCUCAGGAAAAUCAGGAGCAUCUACAUUAAUUAGAAAUUUCUUUGAUUGGGUUCACAAUUAAAUAGCAAUCAAUCAAACAUCAUGAAUUAUUUUUCUAGGCAAUAGAACUGCAAUUAUUUUUUUCGCAAUUAAAUUACAUAUUUAAUAUUUCCAUAGGCAAUAGAACUAGAAUAAAUUUUGGUAGCCGUAAGAAUUUCCAAUGUACGAAAAAAUAUUGUAGGCAAUUGAGUGUGAUUGUAAUAAAAAUUCAAAAAUUUAAAAAAUUAAUCAACUUCUGGAUUAAAGUGAUAAAGUUUCUAAUAAAAAAUUUAAUAAAACAGUUAA